AUGUCGGAAAGUAAGUCUCAUGGCGACUUUGAUGAUGAAGAGACUCUCAGUGUACAGUUUAAAAAGGCAGAAAAUGUUAUAAAUGAUAUUGGGAGUGGUCGGUUUUCUGCUACUGAGUUACAGACUCGCAUCUCAGAAGCUGUCAACAUCCUUGAGAACCUCACUCGUGCCGUGUCUGCACUUGGCUUGUUUUCCGACAAUGAAGAG